AUGGAGGAAAUGAACCUUCGCAACUAUCCAGGAGUCCAGAAGAAAAUUCUGGCUGGAGGCAAAGGACCACUGCCUCAUUUUCCACCUGGGACCAAGCUCGUCUUCCAUUUCCAAACUCUCCUGGACAACUUCGAGCGGACGGUCAUCGAUGACAGCCGACUGGCUGGCAGACCGGCUGAAAUCUUUGUUGGAAAGAUGUUCAAGAUGGAGGUGUGGGAGCCCAUGCUGAUGUCCAUGAGGACUGGAGAAGUGGCAGAAUUUUGGUGCGACGCCAUUCACACAGGCUUGUAUCCCAUCGUGUCCAAAGGAAUGAGACUGAUUGCUCAAGGCAAAGACCCCCUGGAGGGUCAGAGACACAUGUGUGGCAUGGGGAACCUGUUCCACUAUCACUCCACUGGUUUCCCUGAGCUGGACGAGAUAAUGCGAACGCCUCAGCCACUGAUCUUCAUCAUGGAGCUGUUGCAGGUUGGGGACCCCUUAUCCUAUGAACGAGAGUCGUGGAUGAUGGACAAGGAUGAGAAGCUGCAGGCGGUGCCGGUUCUCCACAUGCAGGGCAACGCUCUGGUCAAGCAGAAACAAUUUAGAGAGGCUGCCAGCAAGUACAAAGAAGCUGUCCUGCUGCUGAAAACCGUUCAGUCCAGGGAGAUGCCGGGUGAUGUGGACUACAUUAACUUGGGUCGAAUGAUUGUUCCCCUGGAGCUGAACUACUGCCAGUGCAUGCUAGAGCUGGAGGAGUACUACGAAGUAAUAGAGCACGCCACCGAGCUGCUGGAGAAACACAAAGACUGCGUGAAGGGUUACUACAAGAGGGCCAAGGCUCACGCUGCUGUGUGGAACGAAAAGGAGGCCCAGAGAGACUUCAGGAUGGUGGCCCACCUCGACAUCACUUUGUCCUCAUUGGUCCAUCGAGAACUGAAGGCCCUGUCGGAGCGCAUGAAGGAGAAGUACUGGGAGGAGAAGGAGCAGUACUGGAACAAGCUGGAGAAAAUGGAAAUUAAGAAUAAAGAGGAGGAGGAAAAGACCGACAGCAAGGAGGGAAAAAAGCACGAUGGAGACCUUGAAAGUGUCACAACAGCGAUGAAGGUGGGAGAAGAGUCGAUUCAGCCAAAAUGUGCUGAAAUUACUAAAGAAGGAUCUGAAGAAAGUAACUCUGCACCAUCUGAGGGUGAGCAAGAGGAAGCAGGCUGUCCUGCCAUCAACCUGAACACUUGUGAUAAAAUGGAAGGGAAGGACUGGCAGCAGAUGUUACGACUGGUCAUGCUGCUGCAGAACGAAGGAAACUUUCACAUCAAACAAAAACACUUUCAAGAAGCUUCUGUCAAGUUUAGGGAGGCUUUAGAAUAUGUGGACUUCCUACAAAAUAAGCAGGUGGACCGACAAGGUGAGGACUGGGAGUCGCUGGAGAAAGUGUGUCUUCCCCUCACUCUCAACCUCAGCCAGUGCAUGCUGGAGCUGAAACGAUACCAGGAAGUGGUGGAGCUGAACGACAGGCUGCUGGAGAGGCAUAAAGGUAACUUUAAGGCCGUGUACCAGAGGGCACAAGCUCACUCUGCGUUGUGCAAUGAGGACGAAGCUUGGAGAGAUUUAGCGCUGGUGGAGAAAUUGGACCCAAAGUUCAAGUCCUUUGUCCGGCAGGAGUUGAAAAAGCUGGGUGAAAACGUCCGCACCAUGCACGCCCGCCAGAACAAGACUUACUGGGAUGCAUCGAAGGAGAAGUGGGGGCCCAGUGGAAGCAAGACUAAGAGGGCAGAGAGAAAAAAGAAUAUUAAAUUUGCACAGAAAGCAACAGAAGUAAACUCAAAUAAAAAGGCGGAAAACUGUAAGGAUCAAGAGACAGAAGGCUCAAAGAAACCUUGCCCUGCUGAGACAGAAGAAGUACCAAAAAGAAUUCCAGGUUUGACAGCAGAGCAACGUAAAAAAGAGCCAGAAUGUGUGACGUUGAGUGGAGAUGGCUCAGAAAAUGAAAACACAGAAAGGGUCGUGGCUCCUGAAGCUGGGCCAGGUGCACCAGAUAACCACAAAGCACAUAAAGAUAGCGACUGUGCCGCCACCAGCUCCGAUACUAUAGCAAGCAAGAGAUCAACACAUGAUAAGAGCAAGAAGAAGGUCAAAAGCCAAACAAAAGGUGUGACAAAUCCAAGCAGGACAAACUCUGGGACCCAAGCCACCAGCGCUAAGCUAGGAAAAGGUGGCUCCGUAAAAACAAACCAAUAA